AUGUCGUUCGGUGAGUUGACGAUCACCUUAGAGGACGUUGCGACACUGACCGGUCUAGCGAUCGACGGUGAUGCCGUCGUAGUAGACAUACCAGACGAGGACUGGUCUGCUAUGUGUCUUCGGCUGUUAGGACAUGUUCCUACUGAUCUUGGCGGCGGCAUCAUCCGGAUUGCUUGGCUCAAGGAGACUUUCGAUGAGCUACCGCUUUCUGCAUCACCCCAGACGACAGAGCAGUUUGCAAGAGCGUAUGCACUGUCUCUGAUGGGAGGUGUCUUGUUCUCCGAUCGAUCUGGAGGUUCAGUUCACCUGCAUUACCUACUUUUGGUGGAGGAUUGGUGCAGAGCGGGGAGGUUUGCUUGGGGAGCAGCUGUGCUAUCCUACUUGUACCGUGAGAUGGGUAGAUCGGCCUGCAGAUGA